AUGGCCUUCCGUGCAGCGUGGCUUGCCGUCCUUUAUCUGUGUGCACUGGUUGUACAAGCCAUUCCACCGCCACUCGAGGCCCGUGGUAAGGCUGUUCUGCCAGAGAACGACCCCUUCUAUGUCCCCCCGGAGGGAUAUGAGAAUGCAGCACCGGGCACAGUCCUCCGAUCUCGCAAAGUUCCCAACCCUAUUGCCGCUUUCAACGCUUUCCGCAGCCGAUCUGAACAAGGUCUCUCCUAUCAGGUCGCCGAAGACGCCGCAUCUAUCAACUGUGCUCCGUCGUAUGCCUUUCAGCUGGCAGCCGCUAGCGGGGGCCCUCUAGGCACCAUCGUUACUCAGAUUGAGCUGGUCCUCAUUUUCGCCGCACUCGAAAAGGGAUGGGUUGUCACUGUCCCCGAUUUUCAAGGCCCUAAGGGGGCCUUCUUAGCAAACGUUCGUGCAGGUCAUGCGGUCCUCGACGGCAUCCGUGCAACUUUGGCGUCAUCCGAACUCACUGGCGUCAACAAGAAGGCCCGUGUCACUAUGUGGGGUUACUCUGGAGGAAGCUUGGCCAGUGGUUUUGCCGCGGAGUUGCAGCCGAAAUAUGCUCCUGAGCUGAACAUCGCUGGAGCUGCCCUGGGUGGCACAGUUCCUCGGAUCGAACCCGUCAUCCCCUCCAUCAACAAGUCUCUCUUCACUGGCUUGGUCCCUGGAGGUAUCCUUGGGCUUGGGUCCGAAUAUCCUGUUAUCGAAUCCAUCAUCAACAGUCAGAUCAAGCCCGAGAAGCGAGAAAAGUUCCUCAAGGCCCGCAAGCAGUGUUUCGGCGCGAAUAUGCUCGAUUAUGCUUUCGAAGAUAUGUAUUCGUACUUUAAGGAUCCCGAAGUUCUUAUGCUCCCAUAUGUCAAUGAGAUUCUAGCCUACAACUCCAUGGGCCAGAACACUCCCAAAACCCCGAUUUUCAUCUACAAAGCGGCGAACGAUGUUAUCAGCGCCCACAACUUGACCGCUGCGGUCUAUGAUACCUAUUGCGCUGCUGGAGCCAACGUCGAGUUCCGCACGGACCUUACCGCCGACCACGCAAGUGGCACCAUUACUGGAGCACCCCAGGCCUUGAUCUGGCUGGAUGAGCGGAUGCGGGGCGUUCCUGUCAAGAAGGGAUGCUUCAAGGAAACCCAAUUGACUGGAUUGCUGGAACCUGGUGCUCUUAGGGUGAUGUCCUUGUCGGUCAUCCGAACCCUCCUCGCUAUUCUAGGCAAGCCUAUUGGUGAACGCUUGGUUGGAUAA